AUGAAGGUUUCAAAAACUCGCCUUUUCUUAUAUAUGUCUUUUAUAUGUUUACUGAUCCGCUGUUUAAUCCUUUUUUAUAUAUGUCGAAUUAUAAGAAAGAAAUAUUCCGUUUUGAGAACAUGUAAUGUGAGAAAUUCUCGAAUUUUAUCUGGGCCUCGCAAAAAUUUUUUUUUUGGAUCAUGUAAUACUAAUAAUAUAAUAAAUGAUCUGGAAGAAAUUUUGAGGGAUGAAUGGGAUAUCGAAGUAGAUAAUAUUUUAAGAGACGAUGAUACUAGUACAUUCCAUGGGAAUACUAGUAGUUCAGAGAAUAGUAAUUAUUUAUCGAUAAAUGCUAUUCAUCGUAUACAUAGAGGUGAUGAUACAAAUAUUUUUGAAGAAAAUGAUGUAGUUUCUGUAUCUGAAAUAGUGGAGAGUUUACAUGAUUCUGAUGAAAUUGAUCAUACAGAUAAUAUUGAUAAUAUUAAUAGUAUGAAUAAUGGCCAAAAUGAGGAUGUUGAUUAUAGUGAUGUCUCAACAUGCGCUACAGAAAGUUCAUUAUCAAAUCAUGAUACUGAAAAUUAUAAUGCUUCACCCAAUACUAGCGAUGAUAACGUGAAUGCAGAUAUUUCAAAUGAUCAUUCUAGGAAUGUAGAAAGGAUUCAAAAUACGUAUAAUUUAUUUAUUGUACGUCCUAAUACAUGUCAGAAUUCAUAUCCAUUAAUGAUAAAUAUAGUUAAUGAACAUGGGGAGCCUUGUGAUCGUCAUCCUAAUAUUAGGAAUACUGUAGGCCAUUAUGAAAUGGAAUAUAUAAGGCAUCAAUCUAGAGAAGAUAUGAAUACGCUUUAUGAAUAUGCCUUAAUUCGUUUUCCUAUUUAUAAUGAAAAUAAAGAUAUGUGUUCUCUAGAUGAAGAUAUAUUAUACGAAAGAAACUUUCUGAAAGAUUUUGAAUUAUUAAAAAGCAAAUCUUAUGAUAUGUUUAUAGAUAUUCAUUUUAGGUUACGUAAAGGCAUACAAUGUACAGAUAUGUUAUCUAUUUUUUCUUUUGAUAAUAAUUAUGGUUAUGGUUAUUAUUACAAUAAUAAUUUCAGUACAGAUGGUGAGCAAAACAAUAGUAGGGAUAUGCAUAACGAACAGUCUAGUUUAAAUCAAGAUGUACAGGAUUCUUUUUCAAAUGGAAAUGGAACCCAUACAUCUGAAAAUAAUGGAAGAGAUAGAGAAAGUACUAAUAUUUGUAUGAAUGAUCGUUGCCCUUAUGAUAAUUAUAAUAUAUUUGAUAGAGAUCAUACUGGAAACAUAGAAAAGGUAUUAGAUCAUAGUGAAAAGGAGAUAGACCCCUCUAAAAGUGAUAUAAAUAAAGAUAAGGAUAAAAAGGAAAACAAGCAAAAUGAUAGUACUGAAGGUAAAGAGGAAAAUAAAGAGGAAAGUAAGGAGGAAAGUAAAGAGGAAAGUAAAGAGGAAAGUAAAGAGGAAAAUAAAAAGGAAAGUAAAGAGCAAAGUAAAGAGGAAAAUAAAGAAGAAAAUAAAGAAGAAAAUAAUGAAAAAAAUAAUGAAAAAAAUAAAGAGGAAAAUAAAGAGGAAAGUAAAGAGGACAAUAAAGAGGAAAAUAAAGAGGAAAAUAAAGAUAACAAUAAGGAGGUUUGUGAGAAUAGUACUGGAGAUAAAAAGGAAGGUAAUGAACAUGAAUUAAAUAAUAGGAGUGGUAAUGUAAUCGAAGUAUAUAAUAGAACGGAUACUAUAUUUGAUAAUAAUGAACAAAAUGUAAAUGAAAUAAUAGGGACAAGACCAGAUAUGAUUCCAAGAGAAUUAAAUGUACCUUUUGAUAGGUAUGAAGUAGAUAGUUUGUGCUUAUGGUCGAAUAUGUCUUCAGAAUCUUCUAUGAAUUAUAAUUACCGUCCUAAUUUGGUACAUACACAAAAUCAAGAAUCAAGUAAUACAAGUGUGGAUAUGGAGAUUGUUCCACCAUAUAUGCCAGAUUUAAUUAUAACGGAAUCACCCACUAAUACAAGCGGAACGAAUUCUUCGUACACGAUUCCUCAAUAUUACUAUAGAAGAGAACAAAUAAAUGAUACGAAAGAAAGUCCUGUUACUGAUUAUGAUGAUCUUUAUUCAUCUACUGAUUCAUAUGAAAGGGAUUUAUCGAAUAUAUCAUCUUCUUCGGAUGAAAGUGAAGAAAGUGAUGUAUCUGCUACUACUAGUGAAUCUGAAGAAGCUAUUAUAUCUGUGACAAGUAGUGGAUCUGUAUGUAUUAUGUCUGCGACUAUUAGUGAUUGUGAAGAUACACCUAUAACAACUUAUAGUGAAUAUUCUGAACCUUCCGUACAUAAUAGGCAACAGGAGGAAUCACAAAAUAAUAAUAGUGUUUCUAAAUCAGAUAAAGAUUCAAACUUUAGAGCGUAUCAUGUUGAAAUAAUAUACAAUGAUAUCGAUUUUAAUUUGUUACAACAUUUUAUAAAUUAUAAUGGUUAUAAAGAUACGCAGAGACGAAAAAAUUUAGAUUCUCUAUUAAAAGCGUUAGAAAAUUUACCAAAGAAGGACAAGUCGUUGAAUGUGUGGAAGUACGGACUUAAAGUAUCAUUAGAAAUUAUAGAAUAUGUUUCUAACGAAAUGUUUGCUUUGGCAAAAGUCAUAAGAGAUGAUUGUAAAGAUGAUGGUUGUAAAUGGUGUAUGGCACAUAGUAAAUUCAAAAUAGAUAUAUUAACGUUGAAUUUUUUUAUGGGUUCUAAACGAUCGAAUCCAAAUUUGUCAUAUAAAUAUUUAACUGGUAAGGAAUUUAUACUUACACGCUUCAAAAAAUUAGUAUAUGAUUCGAUAGAUGCUAUUGAAACAUAUAUUGCUAUUGUAGAAUGUUUCCUUUUGGGAAGUAUAUUUGAUACAAUUAAAGAUUCUUAG